AUGAUACAACGGGAGCUGGAUUAUAAGAUCAAUAAUACAUUUUUCUGGACAGACAGUAAAUCAGUUCUUAGAUACUGUGCAAAUGAGUCAACUAGAUUUCACACCUUUGUUGCUAAUCGUGUGGCAGUUAUUCGGGAAGAAUCAAAAAUGCAACAAUGGAAGUUUAUUGACACAAAAUGCAAUCCUGCAGAUGAUGCAUCCAGGGGGUUAAUAGUGAAUUCGUUCUUACAAAAUAAGCGAUGGUUGGAAGGUCCUUCAUUUUUGUGGCAACCUCAGUCAGAAUGGCCAUCAGGAAAAUCCGACUGGGUGAUUCCUGAUGGUGAUCCAGAAGUGAAGAAGCAAGUCAAUGCUAUGGUAGUUAAUGAGUCUGCUACAGUUAUGGACAGACUGACAUAUUUCUCCAAUUGGAUGAAACUAAAAGCAACAGUUGGAUGGUUACUGGUAGCCAAGGACAACCUUAAGAAUUGGGUUGUUGAACGAAAGAAGAUCAAAGAAAGUCUUAUGGAAAUGGGAGUUGACUCAAGUCAGCAAAGUCAACUAGUGAAACAAAGAAUGAAAAAUAUAAAGGUAGCAGCUAUGAAACAGGCCAAGGGCAGUUUCAGACACCAAGCACUGAGUGUGGAAAGAUUACAAAAGGCAGAAAAGGCAAUCCUCGGAUAUGUUCAGCAGCAACACUUUUCUGAUGAAAUAGCAGCUCUACAAGAUUGUAAAAGCACUGGGAACAAGAAGUGGGUUAAGAGAUCAAGCCCAUUAUACAAGUUAGAUCCAUUUUGGCAGAAUGGACUUCUGCGUGUAGGUGGAAGACUUGAUCGUUCAGCUCUUCCAAAUGAGAUGAAGCAUCCUGAAGCAUCUCACAUUUCGCGACUAAUUUUGGAAGACAUCCACAGAUGUGUUGGACAUCUGGGAAGAAAUUCUAUGCUAGCAAAGUUGCGACAAAAAUAUUGGAUUCUAUGUGCAAACACUCUCAUAAGACAGAUAGUUUCAAGAUGUGUCUGCUGUCGUCGUUACCGAGCCAGAGCUGGAGAGCAGAUGAUGGCUAAUUUGCCUAUUGAUCGUUUAACCCCAGGGGAAGCACCAUUUAAUCGUACUGGUGCAGAUUACUUUGGACCAUUAGAAGUCAAACGAGAACGCAGUAGGGUCAAGAGGUAUGGAAUAGUUUUUACAUGCUUGACAACCCGUGCAAUACAUCUUGAGGUGGCACACUCUCUUGACACAGACUCCUGUAUUAAUGGAUUAAGACGGUUCAUAGCCAGAAGAGGGCCAGUCAAAGUGAUAAGGUCAGAUAAUGGUACAAAUUUUGUAGGGGCUAAAAGAGAACUUCAAGAAGAAAUUGCAAAAUGGAAUCAAGUGAAAAUAAGUGGGGCAUUACGUCAAGACAAUGUUACAUGGACGUUCAACCCUCCAGCUACAUGGACGUUCAACCCUCCAGCUGGUUUGCAUUUCGGAGGCAUCUGGGAAUGUCAAAUUAGAACAAUAAGAAAGAUUCUAUUCUCCCUGCUCAGAGACCAAAUGAUAAGUAUAGAUGAUGAAUCACUUCAAACACUAUUCU